AUGGCUGCCCCAUCGAUACCGCAGCGGCCCUCUCGCUCCCAACAGAGCCAGAACGUGCCCACAAUCACCGGCGACGUCCCCCAAAUUCCUGCUCGCCCCAAACGCAGCAUCGAGCGCUCCGUCUCACGCGACAGGGACACCUUUGCCCGUUCCCCGCUGAACGACCCCUCUUUCGUCAAUGGCUCCAGCAAGGCCAGCAAGAGGCUCUCCGCUUCCGACCUCCCUCCUCGCCCCCCGAGCGUCACCCUGCCUUCGAUUGGCCAGGAGGGCAGCGAGUACGCGAGUCUCGAGACUCCCCCCGCCGACGAGAGUGCCCCGAGAGAGACCCGCGACGCCGAGGGCCUGAAACUGUACGCCCCUACCGCAGAAAUGCCUCGGUCAACAGCUCGCUCGAGGAUUGCCGCCGUCACUCGCACCGACUCGCAACAGGCAGCUGCCGCUGGCUUCGGAAGAGCUCCUUCGCAGGAAACCGAGCGCCACACGAGGAACAGCUCGUCCACUGGCCGCCGCUCUCGCCCGCAGUCUCUCUACAACAACGGCGACGAGGAGCACGGAAUCCCUGAGAUUGGUCUCCAGGUGCCCAUGUAUCCCAAUGCUGGUGACGUCCAAGCACCCACGCCAUCGAACAAUUCGAGUAUGCCUGCCACCGGCGUCGGCUUCUUCAACAGCGGAGGACAGAGGCACCACGCCCGCACCAAGAGCGGCCACGAAAUCUUCCACGGCCCUCCGGGCAGCUACGGUCUCCACGGACAUGGCGUCAAGCCGCAAGACGAUUUCGAGAGACAGUGGUACGCCAAGCAUCCUCACGAUGCGGCCCGCGAGGCUCAGGGCGAGUACGGCCCGGCUAUUCGCGUCAACAGGAAAGAGUGGGCUCUGAGCAGUGAGGAGCUCAACAAGAUUGUUCAGGAAACCGCCACAAAGGGCGUAGGCAUGGGUGCGUCCCCCGGCGCAAUUGGUACCCCUGCCGAGGAGAUUGGCUACAUGGCCUCGGAAGAAUAUGCUUCCCGCAUGGCCUCGCCCCAGCCGCCGUCGUCGUCGAAGGCUCCCAAGGAGCGCAAGACUAGCUCGCAGACGCACCUCGAAUCUCCUCUCCGCAAGACGAGCUUCCCUGAAAACGUCAUGGACAAGGACUCAUCUGCCAUUGAAGCUGACGAGGACGACGUGAUCCACAUCCACCCUCCCACCAACGAGCGGAGUCGUAUCCACGGCGGUGGUCCUGAAGCUGAGAAUUUCGCCCCUGGUGAUGGAAGCACUAAUGCCGAUGAUGGCUUCGUUACUGAGGAGGGCGGACGCACGCCCAUUCUGGCCUCAGAUGAGUUGCAAAGGCACAAAACCCCUGGUGCUGAGUACAUGCAGCCUGCCGUGCCACCUGAACUUGAGCGUGAGCGCAGGCUGAGCCAAGAAGCUGACAACUACCACCGUCGCUCCACCAGUCGCCCUAGCCGACCCACUAGUGGCAUUGGUUUUUCUCGCAUGAAGAGCGAGGAGGAUCGCAAUGGCACGCCUCUUGACAACGUGAAGGAGUAUGAGCCGCUGUUCCCUGACGAAGAUGAAAGGAAGCCUGCAGACAAGCCGGUCACGGCUGUCGACAAGCUCAAGCGUCCUGACCUUGCCCGCCACCAUUUCCCUAGCCAAGAUGUCUGGGAGGAUACCCCGAGUAGUUUGCAGCUCCAGACCGAGGUUGAGACGCCUGAGGCUCCUGACGAACCGCAGUCGGCCACUACCUCGAUGCAGUCUUCUCAACUCUUUGAGAAGCCGGAAGCAGAGCAGGAACGUAAGGAGGAGGCUGCUCCCAAAGAGGAAGAGGAGAGCAGCUUCCUCGCAGAUCACCAGAAGCACCACAACAAGUCUCACUUCAACAAGGAUGUUCUCGGCGACAUGCCAUCUCGUCCUGGCAUGCAACACAGAUUCCCUAGUCAAGAUAUCUGGGAGGAUACUCCGAGCGAGCUUCAACUCGUGACGGAGGUCCACGCUCCUCAGACUGAUGAGACAGAAAGCCCGGUGGAGUCCAAGCCUGCGGCCGAGCAGCGUCCCCAGGUUCCCGCCCGCCCCCAUGUUCCUGCUCGGCCAGCAGGCCGCUCGAAGCUUGGUGAAAGCCAAGAGGCCUCGCCGGUCGAUAAGAAGGCCCCCGUGAUUCCUGAGCGCCCGAAGCCGCAGCUUCCGGCUCGCCCGGCCAAACCCAACCACAAACCUUCUGACGAGCAGGUGCCCCUUUCAAAGGUCGGCUCCCAGGGCAGCACUGGUAGUGAGGGUGCUCCUGCAGCAAAAGCCAAGCCCCCGGUGCCCUCUCGGCCUGCUGGUGGCAAAAUCGCAGCACUGAAAGCUGGCUUCUUGAGUGACUUGAACAGCCGCCUCCAACUUGGACCCCAAGCCCCGAAGCCCGAAAAGAAGGAGGAAGAGGAGGAAGAGCCGAAGGAGAAGGCGCCUCUUGUGGAUGCUCGCAAGGGCCGUGCCAGAGGACCGGCCCGCAGGAAACCUGCGGCAUCUUCAUCUGCAGCGGCUGCCGCAGCUCCUGCAGAGGCGAAGAAGGAGCAGACGCUGUCCAUUGGCACCAUUCAAACUGUGUUUUCAAUCUCGGACGAUGGCGAUGUUGAUGUACCCUCAUCGGUCUCUGCUAAGGAGACUGAGACGAACAAGGAAGAGCUCCCAACAGCUGCAGAAGAGUCUAUUGCUACCCAGGUUCCCGCUGACCCCAAGCCCGCUCCUAGCGACGAUCCAGCUGAGCCAGAGCUCGAGCCCCAAAUCCCUAAGGCGGGCGAGAUGGAGGCCACGCAGGUCGAAUCGACCCCCGCUGCGGAGGAAGAAAAGGGGCUGGAGCUAGAGCCCACAGAGACGAAGACUUCUGACUCGGCGGUGCAGACUGGUCAGCAGGAUAUCGUGAUUCCGAAGGAGGAGGGCGGUGCAGAGAAGCUUACUGCUUAUCUGGGCGGCAGCGCUCUCGAGGAAGGAAACGUUGUCGUGAAAGAGAACGCUGAGGCUGUUGAGAAAGCGGAUGACAAGCAUGAGGCAGAGCAGACUGGCGCUAGCGUUUGA